GCGGCGGCGGCGGCGGCCAUGGACCUGGCGGCGGCGGCGGCGGGCGACGCGGGCGCGGCGCAGCAGCAGCAGCAGCUCCGCGAUGAGGUGGCCGAGAAGUGCCAGAAGCUGUUCCAGGACUUCUUGGAGGAAUUCCAGAACAGCGAUGGGGAGGUCAAAUACCUGCGUGACGCCGAAGAACUGAUUCGGCCGGAGAGGAACACGUUGAUCGUGAGCUUUGCGGACCUGGAGCAGUUCAAUCAGCAGCUCUCUACCACUGUUCAGGAGGAAUUUUACAGGGUUUAUCCUUAUCUCUGCCGAGCAGUAAAGACUUUUGCCAGAGACCAUGGAAAUGUUCCUUCAAACAAGGACUUUUAUGUCGCGUUCCAAGAUCUACCUACCAGACACAAAAUUCGAGAAUUGACAUCAGCAAAAAUUGGCUCACUGAUGCGUAUCAGUGGGCAGGUGGUACGUACCCACCCAGUUCAUCCCGAGCUUGUAAGUGGAACCUUCCUAUGCCUGGACUGUCAGACAGUUAUUAAAGAUGUGGAACAGCAAUUUAAAUACACGCAACCAAACAUCUGCAGAAACCCAGUCUGUGCCAAUAGGAGGAGAUUCCUGCUGGACACAAACAAAUCAAGAUUUGUUGACUUCCAAAAGGUUCGUAUUCAGGAGACACAGGCCGAGCUACCGCGUGGUAGCAUUCCUCGAAGCGUAGAAGUGAUCUUGCGUGCAGAAGCAGUAGAGUCUGCUCAGGCUGGUGACAAAUGUGACUUCACAGGGUCGCUGAUCGUCGUGCCUGAUGUGUCUCAGCUCUCAACACCAGGGGUGCGUGCAGAAACCGGCUCCCGGGUCAGUGGGACGGAGGGCUAUGAAACCGAAGGAAUCCGAGGACUUCGUGCCCUAGGAGUCAGAGAGCUAUCGUAUAAACUAGUCUUCCUAGCUUGUUAUGUUGCACCAACAAAUCCACGGUUUGGCGGAAAAGAGCUCCGAGAUGAAGAACAGACUGCAGAAAGCAUUAAGAACCAAAUGUCUGUGAAAGAGUGGGAAAAGGUGUUUGAAAUGAGCCAAGAUAAAAACCUCUAUCACAAUCUGUGUACCAGCCUCUUCCCCACUAUCCACGGUAAUGAUGAAGUGAAACGUGGGGUUCUGCUGAUGCUUUUUGGAGGAGUUCCUAAGACCACUUCAGAAGGCACUUCAUUGCGUGGGGACAUCAAUGUUUGUGUUGUUGGUGAUCCAAGUACAGCCAAAAGUCAAUUUCUAAAGCACGUGGAAGAGUUCAGUCCUCGUGCUGUGUACACCAGCGGAAAAGCCUCCAGUGCCGCUGGUCUAACAGCGGCUGUUGUAAAAGAUGAAGAGUCUCAUGAAUUUGUUAUAGAAGCUGGAGCACUGAUGUUGGCAGAUAAUGGGGUUUGUUGCAUUGAUGAAUUUGACAAAAUGGACAUGCGGGAUCAGGUAGCCAUUCAUGAAGCAAUGGAGCAGCAGACUAUAUCCAUUACUAAAGCAGGAGUAAAGGCUACCCUGAAUGCCAGGACCUCCAUUUUGGCUGCAGCAAACCCAGUUGGCGGGCGCUAUGACAGAUCCAAAUCACUGAAACAGAAUAUAAACCUGUCAGCUCCCAUCAUGUCUCGGUUUGAUCUCUUCUUCAUUCUUGUGGAUGAAUGCAAUGAGGUUACAGAUUAUGCCAUUGCCAGACGCAUAGUGGAUCUGCAUUCCAGAAUAGAAGAAUCUGUUGAUCGGGUCUAUUCAUUAGAUGAUAUCAGAAGAUACCUGCUGUUUGCAAGACAGUUUAAACCAAAGAUAUCUAAGGAAUCGGAGGACUUUAUAGUGGAGCAGUAUAAACGACUACGUCAGCGUGAUGGCUCUGGAGUGACAAAGUCAUCCUGGAGAAUCACAGUGCGACAGUUGGAAAGCAUGAUUCGGCUGUCUGAAGCUAUGGCCCGUAUGCACUGCUGUGAUGAGGUUCAUCCAAAACAUGUGAAGGAAGCUUUCAGGCUUUUAAAUAAAUCUAUCAUCAGAGUUGAGACUCCUGACAUCAAUUUAGACCAAGAUGAUGAACAGCAAAUGGAGGAUCAAGAGGACCAAGAUGGAGGCAAUGCAGGUGAAGCAGAAGCUCCAGCUGGGGUCAAUGGUCUUGUGAAUGGGAUUGGUGGCCAUCCUGAGGAUGUGAGCAAGGAUGCUGCACCCAAAGCUUCUCUUAGACUGGGCUUCUCUGAGUAUCGACGGAUUUCUAAUCUCCUCGUUCUGCACCUCAGGAAAGCAGAGGAAGAAGAGGAUGAUUCAUCAUUAAAGAAAAGUGAACUUAUUAAUUGGUAUCUAAAGGAAAUUGAAUCUGAAAUAGAGUCUGAAGAAGAGCUUAUAAACAAAAAGAAGAUCAUAGAGAGAGUCAUUCAUCGACUUACACAUUAUGACCACAUUCUUAUAGAACUGUCCCAGUCGGGACUGAGAGGCUCCAGAGAGGAGGAGACUUUUGAUGAAGACCCAUACCUGGUUGUCAACCCUAACUAUCUGCUGGAGGACUAAGGGCUGAGAACUGGAUUACGGAACUGACUAGUUAUGUGCUGGAAAAUGCAUUCUCUCUGAAUUCUUGCAAUAGUUGCUAUAUAGCUAACAUCUUAAAUUUAUAUCAACGCUUUACUGUCGAAUGGACCAAUACGUGGUUAGUAAUAUAUGAUUGAUCAUAUACACUGAACAUACUUGGGAUGUUUUUAAACAAAUGACACAUUAAUGUAUUAGUUUCAUUUCUUGUUCUGGGUUUCACUGCAAUCAUCCAGAUGCAGAUGAGAGUCAUUCAAUAGCUCUUUUCAGCAUCAAGCUAUGUAGAUGCUUUUGUUUUUAAUGAGAGGAAUUUUGUAUUAUUCUUCUGUUGUAUUUAGUAAACUUUUUAUGCUAUAGGUUUUCACUGUUUUUUCUUAUGAACAUAAAUAAAAGAUCAUUAAAUGUC